AUGGAUCCCUAUAACGUCGUCAGACCAGGAAAGCUCAAAAUCAAGAAUGAAAAUUCAGCAAAGAAAGUGACAAAAAAGCGAAGGCAUAAGGCUAGGGGCGAAUCCUUGCUUCAUAAGGAUGCCAAAGCCCAUGGCGGAUGGUGGACAAUAUCGAAUAUCAAAGACAUAAGCGGUUCAAUCUCUAUUGAAUUUACUUCUGCUCAAAAUAAACCAGAUGACAUUCCCCUUGGUAUCCUCGGCCCACAUUCCUUGUUGACCACAGCAUAUGUAACAGCUAUGGAUGAUGGGGCACUCAGAUUGGGUCCACCAAGGCCAUACGGUGAACCACCUGUCCAAGAAGAAAUGUUCACUGUCGUAAAACUGUCUGAAUCUCAAUUUGCAUUUAAGUCUGGAUAUGGUAAGUACCUAGGGAUAGCUCCUGGGAAGAAUGGACUAUUAGUGGCAACCGCCGACGCCAUUGGUGACUUAGAACACAUAGAUCCAAUAUUUCAAGACGGAAAAAUGGCUCUUCUUGGCGCGAAUGGAAAAUUCCUUACCUUUGAUGAGGAUAGUGCUGAAGGCGAUAUCUUCUUUGCUAGUGAGAAGGCUCAGGAAAAUGAAAUGAUCAUCGUGGGUUGA